UGCGUCCAGAUCUACAGGUUUACAGCCAAUCAAUCUCCUUCUUGCUGCCCUGCCAUGUUUCCUGCGUGUCAAGAGAAACAUGGCAGGGCAGCAAGAAGGAGAUUGAUUGGCUUGUUAAAACAUAUUUGCAUAUGUUCCAACAAGGAUACAAAAAAAUAAAUAAUAUAAAAACGUGUCAUCCCUUGCUUGCUAGCUUGCUAGCUUUUGCUUGCUUGCCUAGCUUGCUUGCUAAUGAAUCUUCCAUUGAGGAGCACUGCUUGUUGAAACAUAUUUGCAUAUGUUCCAACAAGGAUACAAAAAAAAAACAAAAAUGUGUCAUCCCUUGCUUGCUAGCUUGCUUGCUUGCUCAACAAGAAUACAAAAAUGCUACACUACAGCUUAAUGGCGCCAAGACGAAAAGGCACAUCACAAGACUGAAAUAUGGGCCUCAAGCUAAUCCACACAUCCAACACCAUCACAUGUAAUGAUUGCAUUUUUGUCCGGUCAAUGUUGAAGUCAGCUGCAGCUCACCGAGGAGGACGCCGAGGCUAAGGAUCACCGAUACAGCUAAAAGGGGACCCAGACACCAUGCAGCCUGAAGACAAGGAGGUUGAUGGCGGCCUUCUGCCGGACAGCAAAGAAGCCAUCCCCGGUGGUCAGGCGGAAGGCUCCAAGUGGCAGAGGCCCAGGUUUUCACGAAAGUCGCUGAUGAAGUGUUGUCUUGUCAAGUGGAUCAUCGCCAGUACGACACAGCAGGGACCAGACAGCAGCGACAGUGACCUUGAGCUCUCCAUGGUACGCCAUCAGCCCGAGGGCCUUGAACAACUCCAGGCACGAACCCAGUUCACAAGGAAGGAGCUUCAAUCCCUUUACAGAGGUUUCAAAAAUGAAUGCCCCAGUGGGCUUGUGGACGAGGAAACCUUCAAGACUAUUUACUCACAGUUCUUUCCUCAAGGAGAUGUCACCAUGUACGCACACUUCCUGUUCAAUGCUUUCGACAUGGACAGAAGCGGCUCUAUCCGAUUUGAGGACUUUGUACUGGGCUUAUCGGUGCUGCUUCGUGGUUCCGUCACAGAGAAGCUUCGCUGGGCGUUUAACCUCUACGACAUCAACAAGGACGGCUACAUCACCAAGGAGGAAAUGAUGGCCAUCAUGACGUCCAUUUACAACAUGAUGGGCCGGUACACCUUCCCCAGUGUACGAGAUGACUCCCCUUUUGAACACGUGGAGAAAUUCUUCCAGAAAAUGGAUCGGAACAGAGACGGAGUGGUGACCAUUGAUGAAUUCAUAGAAACCUGCCAAAAGGAUGAAAACAUUAUGUCUUCCAUGCAACUCUUUGAGAACGUCAUCUAGGUUCAGCACAAAGAUCUUCGCAAACUCUUUGAGACUAGAAAUGAUUGACAUUAGCUCAUGCAACACACCAGAUAAACACUUUUUUUCACUCAUUAUUUCAGUUAAAGUUCAUCCAUGCAGAGAAAUAGUCACAAGGUCAGGUUCCCAUCAACAGAGCAUGAAUGUGAGGCUCGGUGAAAGCAUGUGAUACCCAACACAAACUCGCAUUUCAUUUUUCAUUUCAUUUUUAUUACAGUGUAUCUUCUCAGGGGACAAUACUUCAGAAAGGAAACUUGAAUCCACUUUAGAGUAGUCAUUAUAUAGCUCGUACAGCAAUACAUCUAAAGUUUAUCCGCUUUUCAUGUCUACGGUAUUGUCCCUCGAGACUUCAGUUUAUCUUUCGGCGGAAAGGAACUUUAUUUAUGCUGUUUCCAUGGCACAAGAGAGUCCUGUUGCACAACACAUUCAUAGAAAGCAACAUCGUAAUCAUAGUCGGCCCUUUCAUGUCAAAAGAAAAUCACCACAAGAAGCAUCACUUUGUUUGCUGUAAUCAUUUGUUUUGUAUGCUUGGUUUGUUGCUUAAACCUUGCAAUGCAAACAUGCAGAAAUAAAUCUACCUUCAUCUAUAGUGACAAACCCACUGGAUCGAUUUCAUUAUUAAUGAGGCAAGACUUCAGACAUCAUUAGAAUGUGAUUGUCAGUAAUCAUGGCUAUAUUGUUCUUUUUUAUAAACUGAAUAUGUUCAUAAUCAGAGCAUAAAAAACCUAUUAUGCUGCAUUAUUCGAGUCCUCUAUACAUUAAAUAACACCCCUAUAGUAUAGUACGGGUGUCAGAAGACCCCCAAAUCACAGGUCGAGACAAUACAUGGGAUUGGGGUGACAAGGACGAGAUUUUUUUAAAGAAUAGUACAAUGGGCUGCACAGUGUGCAAGUGGUUAGCGCGCAGGCUUCACAGCUAGGAGACCUGAGUUCAAUUCCACCCUUUGCAUGUUCUCCCCGUGCAUGCGUGGGUUUUCUCCGGGUACUCCGGUUUCCUCCCACAUUCCAAAAACAUGCUAGGUUAAUUGGUGACUCCAAAUUGUCCAUAGGUAUGAAUGUGAGUGUGAAUGGUUGUUUGUCUAUAUGUGCCCUGUGAUUGGCUGGCCACCAGUCCAGGGUGUACCCCGCCUCUCGCUCGAAGACAGCUGGGAUAGGCUCCAGCACCCUUCGAAUACAGCCGAAGUCAGUCAUGGUCCCGCUAGCUAGCAAGAUGAGGAAGAGUCACUCAAGUGAUCCAUUCCCUUCCCUCAAAGUAUGGAUGUUUUUCAACCCACCAAAAAUAAAAUCCCUGGGGCUUUCCUGUGUAGACCGGGCCUAAUAUUCCUAAGAACGUUGCUCAAAAGGCAUUCAGAUUGAGUUUUGUGCAGUUGAUGUUGUUAAUAGGAACAAAUCUCCCACUGUCCACAGUUUCCCCCUCAAAGGGAACAUGAUACUGUCACAAUUACGUGAUUUCACUGGACAAAAAUGUCUGCAAACAAUCAUCUUGGUUGUUCAACAUCCUGUUGGACUUCACUCUGCUUGUGCAACACUUUAUGCAGAAGCAGCUCUGGUUCGACUUUUAAGGUGAAAUAACCAGAUCAUGAUUUUUAAUGAGUUAUAAAGCGGUAUGAAGUAUUAAUUGAAAACAUCUACUUUAUAUGUAAAGGUAUAUACACUAGAGUGUGUUGAUGACUUUUUGCUGUGCAUGGUCCUCUUGUCUGCAUAUCUGCUGAAUAACACUGCGUGACCGUGUGGAAUUGUCAGCAAAAAUCAUUCAACCUGUACUGUAUUAUUCAUCUUGGACCAAUAGCAAUGCACAGCUUGUUGUUGGUGGUGUUGGUGGGGGAGGAGCUUAACUCGUAUUGCUAUAGAAAUAAUUAUGAUGAAAAGAAACCUUCUGGAGCCAAUGGAUCGCCUCAUCAGCAUCACAUCGUCGCAAAAGGGCCCAGCAGUGCAGUGAUGACAUGCUAUCAGAAGUUUCUGUCGCUGUGCUUGUUGCUGCUAGUCACUGUAGCAUUGUGUCCAGGUGCCCACUACACAUCCAGUAAGCGUGGGGGCGCACCCAAAGGCAAAAACAGCAAAGCGCCUCACGCCUCUCAGGGCCUCUCCAAGCAGAGCCUGAAAUGGGCGGCAGCGGCAGCCGGCAUGCUGGGAGGCACUGGGACGGGGUAUGGCCUGGGUUUCCUCGGAAGGUCCAAGCAUGGAUCCAGGGGUCAUGUCGGCACAAAGGUGGCCUAUACUGAACAGCAUCACUACGGGGAAAGCCAAAAGUUUAACAACCAGUCAAGAUGGAGGGCGUUUAUUAAGGCGGCGGCCCCACCUGCAGACAUCAAUAACCUCUUCAUCACGCUGGGGCACGCUGUCGCCGUCGUCAUCACCAUCUGGAUGGGGACACUGUGAUCCAAAUGCUCUUAAUUGUUACUGGCAGAGCAUUGAUCGUGAAAAUAUAAUAAAGGUUUCUAAAUCAUUGCAAUACUUUGCCCUGUUCAUUUUAAGGAGAUUCAAAUAUAUUUAUAUAUAGCAUGGGGACUUUGCACAUUGCAUAUACAUUAUUACAGUGAUUUGUUAUUGAUAUUAUAUUGCAUGUAAUAUGGGGAAAAAUAUAUAACACUGCACUUUUUUUGUUUAGCCCAUCAUUUACAAUGCUAACACAUAUUUCUUUCCCUUUUCUGUGCAUUAUAACAGCAGAAAAUGAGUUAAUAUGAGCUAGCUAACAAUGCACAUCAUUGGAAGACACCUAUUUCGACUACGAAACCCUCUAAAAAAUUAUCGCUUUUUACACAUACUUUGUAUGUAUAGGACACAAAGUAGGUGUGACGCGAAUUUAAGCUAGCUCGUAUUAACUAAUUUUCUCACAUUUUAAUUCACAGGAAAGGAAAAUAUGUGUUUAUGUUUCUUCCAAAUUGCAAAAAAAGAAGUGCAGUUCCUCAAUAAAGUGUGCAAAUCUUUCCAGAAAAAUAAUUUCUCCAGAGAUAGUUGCUUUCUCGCAGAAUUUAUUGAUCACGUAACACAUUUGACCGCACAUAAUAAUACACCAUAUAGAGGUUGUAUCACUUGCAGGGAGAAGUCACACACAUGAUGAACUUAACGUGUCAUUCCAGAAUAUUCAACAAGUGCACUUGAUUCCAUAACUAAAACACAAGCAUGUUAGAAAAUUCAGAGUAUGAUUUCGAGAUGAUGGAUUAUGUAUUCAUACGAGUACAGAACUGAAAUGAAAAGAUGAAUAUUCUGUCAGUGUAUAUAUUCUCAAGAAACAACAUGUUUACAAAGUGCAUUUAACAUAGAAGGGACAGAACAAAUGUUAGCCCAUUUAUCACCAGUGUACUUUUAAUUACAAUGAGCUGGUACUUGGGAAUAUGAAGUAGGGAUGCUCUGGUCCAUUGUCCACCGAUCAAUAUUUGGUGUCGCGUUGGGUUGCCAACGAAACGGCACACCUUGAGGCCAGUGUGGUUGACCAUCAAACCUUUACGUGCGUACUUUGCAAGCUGCAGCUAGGAAAAGAACAAAGUUUCUCUCCAGCCACUGAGGGUGCAUCUGGGUUAACCCACCUAGUUACAUUUUGAUAGGAGCGUCCCUACUUUGAAGUAUGAAUUGUAUAGUACAGUUCAAUUAUAAAACUGUACAAAAUACCUUACAAUAUUCAAUAUGCAUUUAAACAAUAUGAGCAAUAAAAACAGUUGCUGUGAGAAGUGCAGAUGGUAAAAACUAACCUAACUGCGCUA